CUUGUCCCUGCCCUGACGACUUAAGCAGCAGCGCAAGCAGCGGCCCCUCAGACAGAGGAGCCCAGUGACUGAAUGCGGUGAUAACCUACGCGAGUUCAGUGAAGUUCAGGUGCAGGUUCAUCACAUUGACUUAUUUUACUAUUUGUUCCUAAAUUAUCGUAUAAAUGGUAGUGAUAAAUUAAUUUAGUUUUUUGUUGACAUAAACAUGCUUUAACGAGCGUUGGCAUUUAUGCAACUCAACUCUCAUUCCUGAAUUACAUUUUUUAGGCUAAAUUCUGAGAUAGGACAGAAGAAGAUUUUAUCGAUGAUUAUCUUCAUUUGCGUUCUGCCAGAACCCAAAUUGAGAUUUACACCGUAAACGCUGUAAAAUGUAUUUCCCGGUGCUCGCAAUUACGACGAAUAAUAUUCUGCAUUUUCUGAACAACACUAUCUAGAAAGGCCAGUUUCACUGAAGACCUUGAACCAGCAGCUCUGACUGAGUAUACUCGUAUUAUAUUGCAUAAACAUCACAGAUCUGUCAGUGUGAUCUCCCAUCAAAGCGAUCGCCUCCCAAAUGGGGGUCGUACAAGUCUUCUUCUUGGCCGCCGCCAUCUUGCCGAGCCUCCACAUCCGUGUUAUGGGGGUCGUACAAGUUUUCUUCUUGGCCGCCGCCAUCUUGCCGGUCCUGACGCUGGCCGGCAGUGAAGUGGUCACAAAUACCUACGUUGAUGGCCGGACUGGUGUGGUGGUGAUGCCUGGGCUGGCGUCUCAGGCCUCCGACCCUCCGAUGCAAGGCGUGCACAUGAGGCUCAGCUCUUCUUCUUCAGCUCGUCCACCGAGAUCUGACAUUCAACGCCCGUCUUCCUCAUCAGUAAAUACUCUUCCAUCAAGUAUGGCGACAACCUCUUCUUCCAGUGCAAGUAACUCUCUUUUGAUGCAAGCAAAUUCAAACAGAAACCACCAGCCUCUCUAUCACUUUUUGAAGGAAAAGAAUAAAAAAAUUCUAUCAGAACCCCCAGAAGCUGCAUUUGGGAACUAUCCUGCCAGUCGAAUGGUUAUGAAAAAUCGGUUCACUUCCAUUGAGCUUAUAGGAAGACGUUAUCGUCGUAAUACUUUCCAAUCAACAUCUGGAAACAACAGUGAGAUAAUCAAGACUUAUCAACUUUUAGAUGAAGGGGAGGAGAAAAUCCAGUUAUGUGAACGAUGUAAGAAUAUAACCUUAGUGUUAGGUAAUACUGGGGCCGGCAAGAGUACGUUUCUUCAGUGGUUCGCUGGGGACAACGACAAGUUGCUAGCGAAAAGAGAAUUUGGGACAAGUGGACCGUACCUCAUUGAGGAUGAAAAUAGAAUUGGAAACACAACUUUAAACUCGAUGACAAUUUUCCCAGAGUUAGUAAUUCACCAUGAAACAGAUGAUGCGUACUAUGAUUGCCCUGGAUUUAGUGAUACUAGGAGCACCAGUAUGGAAAUAGCAACAACCUACUUCAUUAAAAAAGUGGCCGAUUAUGCUGAGCAUCUUAAAUUGAUUUUUGUUGUUAAUCAUUCAUCGGUUAGAAGAGGAGUAGACAGACAAGAUUUCGUAAAAUUACUUAGACAUGUUGCAGAUUUCAUGACGGACAUUAAUAAAUAUCGAGGAAGUAUUGCAAUUAUGGUGACAAAAAUUGAUCCUCAUUAUGAAGAAGUAAACGGGAUCCCAAUUUUAGAUUCAGAUGAGCUCGUUAUAAGAGCCAUAGCUCAUUUUCUAGAGGAGGUUAAGCAGUGGUUGAGGGAGCGAUUAGCCGGUGCAGGAGAUUCUGGUAAAGACAAACAAUUUCAUGAGCAAGCAAUGAAGUUUGUGGAAAUUUUGCUAAUUAUGAAAGAUGGACAUUAUUCGAGAAUCGGCAUAUUUAGGAGGCCAAAUAAGCCAGGACCUCUGAGUAAUAUAAUGCUUUUACAAGAGGGAAAGAAGCAUGUACAGAGGAUAGUGAAUGAAAACCUUGCAUUCACGGCAACCAGUGAUAGUGAUUUCGGGUAUACCAUAUCUGAUACGUCCAAGGUUGCUGUAGAUGCUCUGGCAGAAGGAAUCAACGACAAUAUAUCAUCUAAUCUACGCAUUAUCUCAGAAACCAUGCUGAAAUAUUACAGACAUUUAUUAGAAGACAUGUGUACCAAGAUACGAUCUUUUACUAACACUACUGGGGCUGUUGAUGCAAAUCCAUCUGACGCUCGGAUGUUUAAUGACACUUUCAAUGCUGGGAUUAACCGUACGACAAAACUUAUUGAAGAAGCUGUUAAUAUAACAACAGACCAGUUGGGGCGGAAGAUUAACGAGAGCUUUAAUACCCUCUGUAUUGAUGGGUGUGCUGAGGCUAUGCAAAGUAUUUCGCAACAGGGUAAAUAUUUUUCAUUUUUGCAGGUAGUGAGUGACAGCGCGUUAGGUUCUAGGACUUGGGGUGACUUGUUGCAACCCUUUGCAUCCUAUCUCUCCUACUCAAGACACGAUAUUCAGCGCGAUAUUAACGAUGUCGCAGAAGAAAUCAAUGAUCAAAUGCGAACUAAUAUAUCUAAUAUCGCAGUAAAAAUUAAGGAAUAUUACCAAAGUAAAAUGCGUUCCGUUAUAAUUCAGCAAUUACCAGCUGAAAUGAACUUUGGACAUGCUUUCAUCAUGAACAUGACGGAAAAGAUGAAACAUUCAAAUAAAACACAAGAUUUAUCAAGACAAAUUACAAGGGCUAUUUCAGAUUUAGAUACCUCCAAAAUCAGCCGCAACACCAACAAUGUUUUUCGGCAUGGAAAGUACUUAACAUUUUUACAAAUUAUAAGCAAUAAAACGCUAGAUACCCCAUCACCAUCUCAAUUAAUAACUCCACUCAAUGAAACAGCAACGUAUCUCAGGGAAUCACAAGGAUGGUACGAAUUCUUAAUCAAUUUGAAUGAAAAGUUAUCUACAUAUGACGUACAGAAAAAUAGAAUGAAAUACAACGUGGCCAACAUUGCGGACUGGGGACAUGAUGGUAAACAGCAGGGAAUAUCAAUAACUCGACAUAACUUCAGACAAUUUAUGGAAAAUAUAGUCCUAUUUGAUGUGAUGGGAUAUAAUAAGGUACAAAAUAUAGAAGCUGAUGAUAUACGCGUGGAGGACUUGAGACAAGUGGCUCGUUUGACUUUGAACAAAUUCCAUGCCUCAUGUCAAUCAAAUAAACUCACAAUCAAAGGAGGUUACAUAAGACUUAGUGAAGCAAUAUUGGAAAUUGUGAAUUGCGAGGGCAACACCAUUGAAAUAUUUGCUCUGAACAAAAUAUUUAUUGACGAAAAUUUAAAUAAAACAGGGGAAAAGCUCAAACUUACCAUAAUAGCCCCGACAUGGGAGGUAAUAGGUAGUAGAGUAAUAAACUUGAGUGGGGCUGACGGUCAGCUGCAUAAUCCCCCCAAGGCAACGAAUUACUGGGGGAAUUACAGUCCUCGUGGAGCUGACGGUAUGCCAGGCUUUCACGGUGGGCCAGCUGGGAGUUUUUUUGGCAUUGGCACAACAUUUAAUAAUGGGAAUAUGUUAAAUGUUAUUGCUAGUGGCGGAAAUGGUGGAAUUGGUCAGCAUGGCGGUGAUGGUGCAAACGGUCGUGAAGGAGAUUCUCCCGUAAACAGAUUUUGGAACUCAAAGUCAGCAUAUACCUGCAAGAAUGUCUGUAAUAACGGUCGAUUUGCCGGUGGUUACGACUGUAUCGUAGGAAGCCAGGUAGAGUUUUUCAUAGUUGUUUGUCACGAUCGAAUGUACACAAUUCGCAUUGAAGGUGAAGAUGGCACAAUUGGUGGAGAUGGUGGGGAUGGAGGACCAAAAGGACUCGGGGGUAAAGCAGGUGAUAUCAAGAUAGUUACGUUGGGUGGUGAUACAGGAAUAUCAAGUACUAAUAAUGAUGGAAGAGAUGGGAUAUCAGGCAGAGGUGGUCAAGGAGGAGCUGGCGGAAAGCGCGGGAAUUCCCUAAAAGUAAAGUGCAAAGCCUCUUACUGUUUUUUCAUUCCAACUUACAAUUUCCAUAGCGAAGAUAUCAUAUUUGGGGGAUACAAUCUUCCUGGAAGAAAUGGAAUGGAUGGAGAUAGUCGGGCGAAUAUUGAAAACAUAGAACCAGCAGCCAUCAUUGAUUAUAAAGCUGAGAUUAUCAACGAUUAUAAAGGUUAUGUGAGAGAAAACCUCCAAGUUGAUCGUGGUGGCCUCAUAAGGAAAAAUGAUCUUAUCAAAUUUUUCAGUGAAUUGGACAUUAGUGGUGAUGUUAAACGCUUGUAUGAUACAUCAGGACUAGUAGGGGAGCUGCGAGGCUUAGAAAGACAGUCUAAUCUAUUACAAGAGAAAGAUUCUGUAUUCUUUUAUGAAUCAUUAUUAGAUAGGAUCAAUGCAUUUGCAAAUGAUUUUAAAGCUCAAGAAAGAUCGAAAGAACAUAAUAAGACGCUCGGCUAUAUGUAUACAGCUGUUUUGGGCAAACUUUAUGAUUUGAAAAGUGAUUCAGACGCAACUUUGGUGAUCGAUAUAAAAGGAUAUUUUGAUAUAUUAACGUCUAAUAUGAACGCCUUGGGAAAAUUACAAGAAAAAUAUAAAAUGGUGAGCGUAAUAAACAAUUUUAGGGAUCAAUAUAAAGACAGUCUCGACAAAAAAAUGGAAGAAUCUCAACGUUUCAUCGAAGAAGAGAUUACACCUGCCAUAGAUCAAAUACACGAGCAAAUAUAUGAUAAAAUGGACAAGCUACUGUCAGUAAUUAAAGAACUCCAAAAAGAGGCUGACAACAAAAGGGUUGAGUUACUCAAGAAGACGAAGGAAUUAGAACAUGCAUUAGUUCUUUCUGAUUUGUUUGGUAAUUUAAAAAGUGUAUGGCAAGUAGCUAAUAUGUUGGGACCUGUUGGAGAGACAUUGAAGGGGCUCGUAGGAGCCUUGACUUCGGUGCCGGACUCUUUCGUAUCAGGCGCUCAGACCGCGGGACAACAAUCACCAUCAUUGCCUUUAGGUAUUAUGGCUGACCUACGGCUUUUGAAAGCUCAAGUCAAAAGUAUCAAGGACAAACAAAUGACGAAGAACCAUCGAAUAAUAGAUUACAUUGAUCAUGAAAUCACUUCAAAUGUAUUGCUGAAUGAUAUACGAGAAAGUCUACAUAAAAUUAAAACGGGUCAAUUUCCAAUUCAUGAUGCUGAUGGAGCACCAAAUCUCAAACAGUUUUCAGAGGAGCUUACGGUCAAAAUCAAGAAAUUGCUAAUAACAAAAGAAAACGAGUUGAGGACUAACACAGCUAUUGAUGACGAAAGUGUCACGCAGGCAUUAGAUGCCAUAGCUAAAGUUCGUCAGUUGAUCCAGAUUAGUGAAGUGAGCGCUGAUACGUAUGUCAACAACAAGGAUGAUCAGGCGAAACUUGAUGCGCUGAGUAACGCUAUCCAACAGGCAGAAGAAGAGCACCAGAGACUUAAGCAAUAUGAAAAUAAAAUUGAAAGUGCAUUAGCACCCACCUUAGAAAAUAUGGAAGAAGAUCUCAAAGAAAUAGAGAGUAAGCUGGUUACAAAAUCUCAAGUUGCGCUUGACGUAAACAAAUGGCAGGUUCAGAGCGUGCUCAGAGACAUGAAAUUAUCCGUGCGUCAGUUAACUAAAGAGUUCCAAUUAGGAGAAGAUUUGACGCGUUGUAUUGAAAAGUUGGAAGAAUCUAUGACCACCUUAAUCGGUAUUUACGAUCGCAUGCAAGACUGCCAAGAACAACAAAACUUAGCUAACUAUAUUGCAGCCGUCGCCGCUUACCAUGGUCCUGAUGAUGUUGAUCAAGUUGAAUUAGAAAUACUCAUCAGAUCUAACCUUAUACUAACGCAAUACAAAACAGCUGUUAAUGCAUUCAAGCAGUGGGUAUUUCCAUUUGCUGGUCUUUAUCUGGAAAGGAUUAUGUCGCCAUCCCAUCUUGCGAUUAAUAAUGGCAAUAUUGAGGAUUUAGCUACAAAGGCUGUAGAACAAAUAGAAUAUAUAAGAGCACGAGUAGACGAAUAUAUGACAGCUAUUCAGCGUCAUGAUCAACAUAUACACGAAGGAUUAUUUGACAGCCAUCACGAUUCUUCCCAUCCGUUUUUCGUAUGGAGAAAUGAGGACCACAAAGAGGAGAUAAGCAAGCUAUUGUCAGGCGAGGCAAUAGUCGUAAAAGCUGACAUAAGAGGCAGUGCACCAGACAAAGAUGCCAUUAAGUUCAAUUUAUUGGAACUGAACCUCAAAGUAACUAAUGCGACCAGGCAGCGGGAGCUAAACGAUAAACUUAAAAGUUUUAAGGUAAGCGCCACCCACUUUGGUAAUUCAUAUUAUAGGUAUGAUGAUAAGUUAUAUGCUAUAGGCAGUCAUAGCGAAAACAUCGAAUAUUCAUUUGAAAAAGACGUUAUUGGUGUACCAAUACAUAGAAAUCAGGUGUAUAAUAAAAUCAAAGCAGGUGAUUUCAUGCUUAGUCCAUAUGCCAUGUGGAGAAUUCAGUUAAAACAACUCAAACAUUCGAUUCCUUUCAAUCAGUUAGCACUAUAUAAAGAUGAAGCUGACUUGGAGUUAGUAGGUAGCGGUUGGUAUGUUACCAGUAGCGCUGGCAUGCCAAACCUGAAUGUCGAGAAGUACCAUAGAGCAGGUACCAUAAGUACCAUGCUAUGUUGUUCGUUGACUAUGAUAUGCAUGAUGGAUACGAACUCUUCGAACUAUAGACGAUACUGUCACAUAAACUUUCACAUUUUGAAGGUAAAAGAUUAUUUGAAACAUGACAUCAGAUAAGGAUAAAUAGGAACAUUGCGCAACUUUACAAGGCGAAACUGGUCCUGUGCUCUUUAUUCAAAGCCCAGUAGACAUGUGGUAGAACAUACAUGGUUGAAAGCCUGACAGAGCAGUUAUCCGAAAAGGCUUGGCAGCAAUAUUUGUAACACACUCAGAAUAAUAGGAAGACAAUGUCUAAAUAACGAUGCACUUCAUAAACUUGAGUGCAAGGACAAGUAUUUUAUUAUUUGUAGAAUAUGACCCAUUUAUUUUUCUGAAUUCACGCAAGAAUUCAAGCUCGUAGAUAACUUGGCAAGUUUUGCAAGCUUGACAAGUUUAAGCUCAGAAGUGUAUAUUUGUGAGCUCAGAAGUGUAGUAGCGAAGCCUUAACGAUUGACGAUUCCUGAUAGUUUGCUUUAUGAUUUUACCCGACUCCGUCGUGCCAGUAUAAAUAAAUAUCAGGUGGGCCAGGCCAGUGCAGCAAUUUGUAGUGAUCCGAGUACCGCGCGAGCCAGGCUAGGGCACCAACUUGUAAUGACCCGAGUACCGCGCGAGCCAGGUUAGGGCAGCAACUUGUAGUGAUCCGAGUACCUCGCUAGCCAGGCUAGGGCUGCAACUUGUAAUGACCCGAGUACCGUGCGAGCCAGGCUAGGGCUGCAACUUGUAAUGACCCGAGUACCGCGCGAGCCAGGCUAGGGCUGUAACUUGUAAUGACCCGAGUACCGCGCGAGCCAGGCUAGGGCAGCAACUUGUAUUGACCCGAGUACCGCGCGAGCCAGGCUAGGGCUGCAACUUGUAAUGACCCGAGUACCGCGCGAGCCAGGCUAGGGCAGCAACUUGUUACGACCCGAGUACCGCGUGAGCCAGGCUAGGGCAGCAACUUGUAAUGACCCGAGUACCGCGCGAGCCAGGUUAGGGCAGCAACUUGUAGUGGCCCGAGUACCACGCGAGCCAGGCUAGGGCUGCAACUUGUAAUGACCCGAGUACCGCGCGAGCCAGGCUAGGGCUGCAACUUGUAGUGAUCCGAGUACCGCGCGAGCCAGGCCAGGGUAAAAACUUUCAGUGACCCGAGUACAGUGCGGGCCAGCCUAGGGCAGCAAAUCAUCAAUUGAUGAACGGAUUUUAUUUCGAGGUGAUAUCUACAACUGGUGAGUGUUGCAAAGGUCGCACUGAUUGAUGGAUUUCAAGCGAUUAGCAUAAUUUAUUGCUUAAUAUUAAUUGUAAAAGAUAGUCUCCGGCAGUCGUGUGUAAAGAUAGAUGAUAUUCUAGCUUUAUUUUAACUUGGUUAUUGUUAAAUAUGUAUUCAUUUAUGAAUGUAACGAAUUGUGUCCGUGUGGUUAAAAGUUUAAGCUAUACCUUAAGCUGUUGUUAAGAUAUUUUUUCAAUAUACUAAGUUGGAUCGUUGUACGUUUGCGGCUGCGGCAUUGCGUUAUCAUAUAAUGACUAGUUGAGAGCACUAGGUGAAUACAAUAUCGAGAUUUCUCCUUCAUUUCAUCAUUAUGUACAGAUUAACUGAAAUAGAGCGUGUGAUUUUAAGAGGCAAUAUUAUUAUAAUAUUAAUAAACUUUCCUCUUGUGGCGAUACAUCUGAAUAUUAUGAACGUGUUAAUAAUAGUGGUGUAAUGUUCAAUAGAGGAUAAUUUAAUAAGCUGCAGACCAAUGAAGAUCUCCUGCUUUAUUUUGGCUUUGAUGGAGGCUACGAAGACGGAAAACAUCUGUCGUGACUUGGUCGUAAGGAACAUUCAUUUCUAUAUCAAUGUGGCUGAUGUUAUGAAGUAGAUGUAACCUUACAUAUAUUUGUCAAAAUUUUUGUGCCUGUUCCAACUUGAUGAUUGGCCCCACAUAAUUAAUAUAUGGGCGCGUAUCCACGCUACUAAUCGUGUCGGGAUAUUGCCAGAAGCUUGUUGGAGUAAGGCAUUGCGAAACUUUGAGGAACUGAUUGGAUCAAAUUGAAAUUUGAUUUUUGAACUAAUAUAUCUUAAUUUAAUUUCACAAGAAAGAUUUUUUCACAAUUUGAAGUGGGAGUCGAGUGCGAGUUCUAUGUUCUAAGCAGUUAAACCAAACAACGUUGUGACGCUCUGGAUUUGUCAGCCUAUAUAGGAAUAGCAUGGAUACUUGAACAAAAAACUUGUGUAAAAGGGUUGUUAUUGUUAAAAUGUAACUUCUUGUCAAUACCAUUGAUAUUCAAUUGCGCAUGCUGAUCGAAUUGGUCUACCGGAGGCUCACGAAUAUGCCUUCGCGGCUUGUCUGAUGGUUCUCUAGAUUAAUGGUUGUUGUAAUAAAGGGUGCUCCCAAAUUGUUUCAAUUGCUACUUAUUCUAUUCAAAUUUUAGACUUUUGUUACCACAAUAACGAAAUUUGAUUGAUGUUUCUUCCUAUACACAAUGCUAUCAGGGUAGUGUUGUAAGAAAAAAUAUAUUAUUCAUUAAACUUGUUCGAUGUAGAUUAUCUUGCAGUGUUUGCAAUUAUACGUUGGUUUUUAUACCCGAAAUAUUUUUAUAUAGACAUGUUUUUCAAUGUGAUGAUUAUGACUUGUGAUUAUGAUGCACCGUGAUGUUUUAUUUCUUUAAAAUAUUACAAUGUAUCCUUCAUAUGAUCUAUUAAAUUUACAAUGGAAUGGGUUCAAGGAACACGACCGAUAUGAGGCCCUGAAGCAAAUAAUUUGAAUAUUCGCAAUAGAUGGAUAAGUUUUUCACGUUGAUUUAAAUUUAAAUUAGUUCUUCCGAUUGCAAACGAUGGCCGUUGAUAGCCUUAAGAAUAUAAUUGGUUUGAGUGGCUUGCGUGGACGGCGCUGAGUUGACAAUUUACAAGUCCUGACAACGGCAAGUCACGGAGUGUUCAUUCAACGGUGGACGCAUAUUGUCUAUAGGAAGACUUGAUUCUUAAAAAGAUACAGACCAAGCAGUGGACAGCAGGCACGAUCGUGCUGUAAUGAACCUCCUAUGAACUCCAGAGGAGUAAUCGGCCUAAGCUCGUAGGCCUCGAUACUAAAUUUACCGACGGUAAAUAUGGUAAACCUUGUAAUAUAAGUAAAAUAUACCUUGACGGAUCCAUUGCAUUUGAAAUAAAGUUUAAAUUUAGCAUGUUUUUCAUCUUUUAAUUAACCCAGCAGAGCCCAUACCUUACAAAACUUCUAAGAACCAUUUCAUUCUCUUUAUCCUGGAGUUCACAUUAACUUCUUUUAUUCUUCGUUUCAAUAAUUCCUAACAUCCUGAAAUUUUUUACACUGUUUGCUCAUCAUUUAACCUCUUUCCUCUUUACAGAGCAAUAAAAAUUUCAAAUUAUACAUAAAAAUAUCUCUAGGGAUUUUUGUGCACAGGCUCAGUAGUUCACGUUUAUUGGAGUUUCGGUUGAUCGGAUUACUUCCAAGUUGACAUCUGCAUUCUCGCAAACAAGUAACACAUGUAUUCUGCAAUAUAAAAGACAGAUCAGGCUAAAUUUUUAUUUUCACAAACAAUAUCCAGCAUGCAACAAGCCAAAGAGAAUUAGUAUUUAAUUGACUGAGGGAAUCUGUAUACAUGUUCAUAUUCAGUAUUUGACAUGUUCGUAAAAUCAUCUACGUCCAAAUGAGUGAAUUAAUAUAUUGUUUAGUUUCAAAACUGUUGUCUAUUCGCCGUCACAUUUAAUUUCAUUCAAAUCAUGUAUUUUAUUGAUUUUAUUUGUGUUUUUUGUAUGUUUUAAUUUGAUAGUCAAAUAAAGCUUACAACAGUG